AUUUUCUGCAAGUAAAAGAAAGUAAAAGUAGGGCAGUCUGAGAAUGAAAGGGCAAGACUAUCAAGCAAGGAAACUAUUCAAAUACUUUGGGGCAGGGAGGAGUGAAGGCGAGCUUGAGCUCCUUCCACUUUCGCUACAAAGGAAUCCAUCUGCCCAGAUCAGUCAUUCAGGAGGUGGAGGAGGAUUCGCAGGUGUGGGUGUGUGUGCCCGCGUGUGGCUAAGCGAUUCUCUCUUGGCGAAGACAGCCCACAGUCCUUCCCGAGUUUCAAGAAGGUCCUGAAGUCUCAAUAGCUUCUCCCGCAGAGUGCUGUCAGUGGUCACCCGCUGGGAUGCGCACCACCCUCUAGGGCUCAUUUCUGAGCCGGCAUCCUUGCGCCCUCUCUCUGUCACCAACGCUGGCCCUUUCGCCCUCUCCUGGGACGCGCGCUUCCCUUGGCUUCAGACCUGGUACCAGAGUCUACAGUGCAGAGGAGAUUUUGUGUGUGUGUGUGUGUGUGUGUGUGUGUGUGUGUGUUUGUGUGUCGGGGAUGGGGGGCCACGACAGAAAGACCUUAACCCUUCUAGACUCCGCACGGAGCGGGACCCUGGCAUGCAAGGCCUCACAGAAUCCUCUCGCCCUGCGGAGUUCUCUGUGAUUGGAGGAAGAGCGGGUGGCUGCUGGCUGAGCAGGUGUGAGAAGGGAAAAGGACGCCCUGCUUCUCUGGAUAGCAUGCUGGAUUUGGAUUUCUUCGUGGGUUCCCUUGGCACAAGGCUAGUUGCUGGUUAUCUGCCUUCUAUCUUGGAUUAACACAAAAGGACCUUUGCUUUGAAUGCCUUCACGUUUUAGAUCCUUAACUCUUCGGAUUUAGAUGUCAUAGUUCAGGUACCUAUUACACCAUUCCUUGGCAAGGGCUACUCAGCACUGCUUACCUCUUCCAGUGAAACACUCUACAGAUUAUAUUCUUUGGAUUCUGAGCUGACACACUGCUGGAGACAAAAGCUACGAGGCCAACUAGAACUGUGCCUUUUCUCUUCUCAAGAUUUUUUCUUACACAGCAAAAAGAAAGAAAAAAAAGAUGAAGCUGGGCAAAGUAGAGUUGUGCCAUUUUCUACAGCUUGUAGGUCUCUUCCUAUGUUUCUCUGGAACGAGUCAAGCUGAACCGCCAAGGUCCAGAUCCAAGCUAUAUGUUCAGUCAGGGAGGUCCCGAACGAAGCGCAGCUGGGUAUGGAAUCAGUUCUUCGUGCUGGAAGAAUACAUGGGCUCAGAUCCCCUCUAUGUAGGCAAGCUUCACUCUGAUGUUGAUAAAGGAGAUGGUUCCAUCAAAUACAUCUUGUCAGGUGAAGGGGCAAGUUCCAUUUUCAUUAUUGAUGAGAACACUGGGGAUAUUCAUGCCACCAAGAGACUGGACCGGGAGGAACAGGCCUAUUAUACACUCAGAGCCCAAGCAUUGGACAGACUCACCAACAAGCCUGUGGAACCGGAAUCUGAGUUUGUUAUCAAAAUUCAGGAUAUCAAUGACAAUGAACCCAAAUUUCUGGAUGGUCCAUAUACAGCAGGAGUUCCAGAAAUGUCUCCUGUGGGGACUUCAGUGGUACAAGUGACAGCCACAGAUGCUGAUGAUCCUACCUAUGGCAAUAGUGCUCGGGUGGUCUACAGUAUUCUACAAGGACAGCCAUACUUUUCAGUGGAACCAAAGACAGGAGUCAUCAAAACUGCCCUUCCAAACAUGGAUAGAGAGGCUAAAGACCAGUAUUUGCUUGUCAUUCAGGCAAAGGAUAUGGUUGGUCAAAAUGGCGGACUAUCUGGAACCACGUCAGUCACUGUGACCCUAACUGAUGUCAAUGAUAACCCACCACGCUUUCCACGAAGAUCAUACCAGUACAAUGUCCCAGAAUCUUUGCCUGUGGCAUCAGUUGUAGCCAGAAUUAAAGCUAUUGAUGCAGAUAUAGGAGUUAAUGCAGAAAUGGAAUACAAAAUAGUGGAUGGUGAUGGGUUGGAGAUUUUCGAGAUAACUGCUGACAAAGAAACACAGGAAGGAAUCAUUACAAUACAAAAGGAACUCGAUUUUGAAGCCAAAACAAGUUAUACACUGCGCAUAGAGGCUGCAAAUCGUGAUGCUGAUCCCCGGUUUCUAAGUUUGGGUCCAUUCAGUGACACAACUACUAUAAAGAUAAUUGUAGAAGAUGUGGAUGAGCCCCCUGUGUUUUCUUCACCCUUGUACCCCAUGGAGGUGUCAGAAGGUACACAAGUGGGAAAUAUCAUUGGCACUGUAGCAGCACAUGACCCUGAUUCUUCCAAUAGCCCAGUGAGAUAUUCAAUUGACAGAAACACAGAUUUGGAGAGAUAUUUCAAUAUUGAUGCCAAUAGUGGAGUUAUCACUACUGCAAAAUUAUUGGAUCGAGAGACAAAUGCUGUUCAUAACAUUACAGUCCUUGCAAUGGAGAACCAGAAUCCAUCUCAGGUUGGCAGAGGAUAUGUGGCCAUCACUAUACUGGACAUUAAUGACAAUGCCCCCGAGUUUGCCAUGGACUAUGAAACCACUGUCUGUGAAAAUGCUCAGCCUGGGCAGGUUAUCCAGAAAAUCAGUGCUGUAGACAAAGAUGAGCCAUCUGAUGGGCAUCACUUUUACUUCAGCUUAACAACAGAUACAACAAAUAACCACAACUUUUCUUUGAAAGAUAACAAAGACAACACAGCCUCAAUACUUACCAGGAGAAAUGGCUUCCGCAGGCAGGAACAAUCAGUUUACUAUCUGCCAAUUUUCAUUGUGGACAGUGGAUCUCCAUCACUAAGUAGUACCAACACCCUUACCAUUCGAGUCUGUGACUGUGAUGCUGAUGGUGUAGCACAAACCUGCAAUGCAGAGGCUUAUGUUCUGCCCGCUGGCCUUAGCACUGGGGCUCUGAUAGCAAUACUGGCCUGUGUCUUGACACUAUUCGUGCUGAUCCUCCUCAUCGUUACUAUGAGAAGACGAAAAAAAGAGUCUCUCAUUUUUGACGAAGAAAGGGAUAUUAGAGAAAAUAUCGUCAGAUAUGAUGAUGAAGGUGGGGGAGAAGAAGAUACUGAAGCCUUUGACAUGACGGCGCUGAGAAACCUCAACGUCAUACGAGACAGCAAAACCCGCAGAGAUGUGACUCCUGAAAUUCAGUUUUUGAGUCGACCGACUUUAAAAAGCAUUCCAGAUAACGUCAUUUUUAGGGAAUUUAUUUGGGAAAGACUGAAAGAGGCUGACGUGGAUCCAGGAGCUCCUCCAUAUGACUCUCUGCAGACCUAUGCAUUUGAAGGAAAUGGCUCGAUUGCUGAAUCUCUCAGUUCUUUAGACUCCAUCAGUUCAAACUCUGAUCAGAAUUAUGACUACCUAAGUGACUGGGGACCCCGCUUUAAACGACUGGCUGACAUGUAUGGAAAUGGCCAAGAGAAUUUGUACUCAUAGCCUUGGACAGUAAAUUUGUAAUGUACUGAACAAAAACCCAGCAGAAAGAAAAAAGAAAAAAAAAUGUUUAAAAGAAAAGGAAAAGGCAGAAGUAUUACAUAUAGUGAACAAGAACAUUCACUCAUCGUACAAAAGAAGUUGUAAAUAUGUCUCCAAUUUUAUCAAUUAAGGUUUCUGUCUUGGUGAACCCUUCACUAGAUUAUCAAAAGGAUUUCACUGACCACAAACUCUGGAAAUUUGAAGUUUAUUAUUAU